AGCCGCAACGGUUCCCGCACCGCCCGGGUCGGAGAACAAUGCUGCGCCCUGCACGUAGAGCCUCGCGGUGCCGCGCCCUGGGGCGGGCCUGCCCAUGGCCUGCCGGGAAAUGUAGUUUCUGAGGCCUCGCCCGCGCUGCCCCGCCGCUCGCCGGCCGGGCGCCCCAAGCAACUACAACUUCCAUCACGCUCUGCGAGGCCUUGAUCUCCAGGCUUUUGCAGGGAAGGGAGUGGGGCGAACAUGGCUGAAGGAAGCCGAGGUGGCCCAGCGUGUAGCGGGGUGGGUGGCAGGCAGGACCCAGUCUCCGGCAGUGGCGGCUGCAACUUUCCAGAGUAUGAGCUUCCCGAGCUAAAUACGCGCGCUUUCCAUGUGGGCGCCUUUGGGGAGCUGUGGCGGGGCCGUCUGCGCGGGGCCGGGGACUUGUCGCUGAGGGAGCCCCCGGCAUCCGCUCUGCCUGGGAGCCAGGGGAUUGCUGACUCCGACCGGGAGGAUGCCGCGGUGGCCAGGGAUCUGGACUGCAGCCUGGAGGCGGCGGCUGAGCUGAGGGCGGUGUGCGGCCUUGAUAAACUGAAAUGCCUUGAGGACGGUGAGGAUCCAGAAGUCAUUCCGGAGAAUAGUGACCUGGUGACUUUGGGGGUUAGAAAAAGGUUCUUGGAACAUCGGGAAGAAACCAUUACAAUAGAUCGAGCCUGCAGACAAGAAACAUUCGUUUAUGAGAUGGAGUCACAUGCCAUAGGAAAAAAGCCUGAAAAUUCAGCUGACAUGAUUGAAGAAGGGGAGCUUAUCCUAUCUGUGAAUAUCUUGUACCCUGUUAUAUUUCAUAAGCACAAAGAACACAAACCAUACCAAACAAUGCUGGUGUUGGGCAGUCAAAGACUCACAGAACUGAGGGAUUCAAUUCGCUGUGUCAGUGACCUCCAGAUUGGUGGUGAAUUCAGCAACACUCCUGACCAAGCCCCUGAGCACAUCAGCAAAGACCUAUACAAAUCAGCCUUCUUUUAUUUUGAAGGAACAUUUUAUAAUGAUAAAAGAUACCCGGAAUGCAGAGAUUUGAGCAGAACUAUCAUCGAGUGGUCAGAGUCCCAUGAUAGAGGCUAUGGAAAGUUUCAGACUGCUAGAAUGGAAGAUUUCACCUUCAAUGACUUGUGUAUUAAACUGGGUUUUCCUUACUUAUACUGUCAUCAGGGAGACUGUGAACAUGUCAUUGUCAUUACUGACAUAAGGCUUGUGCAUCAUGAUGACUGCUUGGAUAGGACACUGUAUCCCCUCCUUAUCAAGAAGCAUUGGCUAUGGACCAGAAAAUGUUUUGUUUGUAAAAUGUAUACAGCUAGAUGGGUGACGAACAAUGACAGUUUUGCACCAGAGGACCCAUGUUUCUUUUGUGAUGUUUGCUUCCGAAUGCUCCACUAUGACUCAGAAGGCAACAAACUGGGGGAAUUCCUUGCUUAUCCUUAUGUUGAUCCUGGAACCUUUAAUUAAGAAUAGCUACACUCACAAAAGUACCCCCUCAUGAAAUAACUGUUCUCUUGGAUGGUUACCUUAUUUCUAAGAAACACCACUGAGGAACAGGAUCUACUUUGAACAGUACGCUAAAGCUACCAAAAAAAAAGUCCAAAUCACAGAUUUUCUUAUAAUGAUUGUAUUUAAAUGUUUAUAACAUAGUUUAAUUUCUUAUUUAUUCCAAAUAGUAUUUAGAGUUUUUUACACAUUUUGAGUUGAGUUGUAGUACUUUAUGUAUUGACUUUAAAUCCUUUGUCACACACACAUACUCUUUCUCCAAGUCCAUGCCUUCCCUAUUCAUUCUGUGUCCAAAGUGUUUUGUUAAAGAUAGAAUUAAUGAUACAUCAAGUAGUGGAAGUGUUUUGAAAAUUCUUUGAAGAAUGUGAGAGCUACACCUUCUGCCAUGAGGCUUCCAAGGUAAAGAUCCUUCAAAUAUCUGUAAUGGAAAUUAGGGAGAAUGAAUUAUUUACAAAUAAGACAAAAUAGCUUUGGGAUUUUUUUUUUUUUUUUUUUUUGAGACAAAGUCUCACUCUUGUUGCCCAGGCUGGAAUACAAUGGCGCAGUCUCAGCUCACUGCAGCCUCCGCCUCCCGGAUUCAAGUGAUUCUCCUGCCACAGCCUCCCGAGUAGCUGGGAAUACAGGCACCUGGCACCAUGCCUGGCUAAUUUUUGUAUUUUUAGUAGAGACGGGGUUUCACCAUGUUGGCCAGGCUGGUCUCAAACUCCUAACCUCAGGUGAUCCUCCUGCUUCAGCCUCCCAAAAUGUUGGGAUUACAGGUGUGAGCCAUCGCGCCCAGCUGCUUUGGGGGAAUUUAAUCUUACUGUGCUGUUUAGUAAUGUUAGGUUUUAUUUUGAAGGAAACUAGGCGUACAAGACAUGUUAAUAAGACUGUGAAUAAUGAAUUUAAAAAGAUCUCGAGUAUAUACUCAUAACUCCAGAAAUAACAUUAACUUAAAGCUUUCUAUUUCUUGACAAAAGCUUUAUGAAUGCUAUGAGUUUAAAAUAUGUCAAUUUAAUACUAUGAUUUAAAAAACAAUAGCAGAUUUUGUAUGACUGUGGGGACAUGGAAAAAUCAAGAUCCUAUUGAUUCCUAGCUCUGGCUCACUUAUUCUCUGGUAAUGAUACUAUUGGAUAUAUACCAAAAUUAUAUAAGCAAAAAGAAAAAAAAUAAGUUUUUCUGGCCCAGGUCUUCCAUUCUUCUGGUCCCCUUACUAUAGUAAUCCUAGUUACUCUCAUCUUAUUCUGAGAAAAAAAAAAAAAACUUUUUAAACUUAUUUUUUGACAUAGGGUCUUACUCUGUCACCCAGGCUGGAGUACAGUGGCGUGAUCUUGGCUCACUGAAGCCCUGACCUCCCUAGGCUCAGUUGAUCCUUCCACCUCAGCCUACCGAGUAGCUGAGACCACAGGCACAGGCCACCAUGGCGGGCUAAUUUUAUUUCUUGUAGAGACAGGGUUUCACUGUGUUGCCCAGAAUAGUCUCGAACUCCUGACCUCAAGUGAUCCAUCCGCCUUGGCCUCCCAGAGUGCUAGGAUUACAGGCAUGAGCCACAGCGCCCAGCAAAACAAACUCUUUAUUUUCAGGUCUAGACCAUCAGAUAGAUUUAUAGGUAUCUAUAUUCAAAUAUUUUCUGGAAACCUUUACGGGUAGAAAAUUUAAUACUGUUUAAAAGACUUUUAGGAAGACUAUAGAUUUCAAAUGCAUCAUUUAAAAUAAACAAACUCCACUUUCUCUCUCCUAGGUUGUAUUUAAAUUUGACCAAAUAUCUGGAUGGCUAAGAACAGACAUUUAUCAUAUACAUGGAAAACUGAUGAAACCUAUAAGCCUAUGUGUUUGACAGUGAAGUAUGUUUUAUGGACUUAAAUGCCACAGUUAAGUCCAUUGGCUUGGAGAUGACAAGCACGUGUUUCUGGUAUGUCUAGUGUUCUCAUUCACUGAUUCAGUCAGUACACAGAUAAUCAGUAUAGAGAACUCAAAAGGCUGGCUUAUGUUAUACCUAAAUUUUUACUUUCUUGUAUACAACAAUGCUAAAAUUGAGCACAUUGAUAACUGCCAGCAAACCGUAGAUUUAAGAUAAAUGAGUGAUCUACCCAACCCUGAAAUUCCAUGGGUAAAAACUUUGAUUCCUUUAUUUUUAAUACGGCAUUCCUUAUAGGUCUUACAUGCAUAUGCAAGGAUAUUUUAUUUUAUUCAUUUUCAUUUCAUACUCUCAAAACACCAAACUUCAAGAAGUUAAUUAUUGUCGUAACGCAUUAUUCCGUGUGUGGUGUCAAUUCAUUUUAAUGGACAAAGAAGAAACAUGCCAGUUAAAACAUUUCUGCUACUGUGAUUCUUCUUUUGUUACUUGAGAAUGUUAUUGUGCUAGUUCUUAAGGUUAACUUUUUCAUCAAAGACUUGGGUACCUAUUAUUGUUUCCUGGUGAAACUGAGGAGAAAAGUUAGUCAACCAGUUUACUCCCACAGUUUGCCCGUGUGUUAUGUAUCAGUUAUACAGGUAUCCCACCAAGUUCAAGUCAAAAGAAAUUCCUAACUUUGUGUAUUUCUGGAGCUAUAAAACCCCUGAUUUAAGACAGA